UUCCAAAUUUCCUUUGGAAGACAUUUUCUUAAAUGUCACAGGUCAUUCCAUUCACUGAACUGGAAUUGCUUGAACUCACUGGUUUUUCAAAUCUUAAAACUUAGUACUGUAUAUCCCCUUCACCCUCCCAAAAAAUCACACAUGGCAGUGAGUUUCAAAGUGGAUUUUGUGACCUAACAUAAAAAAAAACUAAACAAAGUGAUCUUAGUUAGACUAUACCUAAAGGAAAAAAACUGAUUUGCAUCAUGGAGUGUAUGAAUGUUACUAUGCACUGUGCAUAAUAUGAAGUAUUUGCAUUAUUAUCUCUCUACAUUUUUAGAGAGAAAAUCAUGCAAAAGUCAUUGCACAAGUCAUGAUCUGCUCUUUGAGAGCAGUAAUUCACUGCACUCAAUAGGCAUUGCUCCUUCACAGAAGCCAAAUGUUAAGCAGAGAAGGUUAAAGAAAUUAGCUUCUAUACUUUGAAAAUGAAACCCUGUGGACUUCUUCCUUGUAUGCUGGUUUUGAUUUUUAUUUCUAGUAUCCAAAUGGACAUCAUUGAUCAAUUAAAUCUCUGCAAACAGUGCAAUGUAAACAGCAACUGCUGCAUACCGUCUAUUAACAAUUUUUACCAACAGAGUAUUGGAUGGUCUUUCCAUCUUGUUGAAACUGAUUUGAAGGCAAUAAAUCAAUGCUGUGUCAACGUGUCUUUAAACAUUCCUGACGGCAUUACUUCCUCUGCCUGCAAAUCCCUGGCGGAAAACAUUACGAAUGUAUUCUGUAAAGCAGAUAACAGUACGUGUGAUGCUGCAGUUUCACAACCCAGCCUCUCGGAAAAUAAUUUUACAGAUCACAUGUUUUGUGUAAUAUUCAAGGACUGCCUGAAAGCUUACACUGUUCAAAUAAAAACAAAUAGCACAGAAGUUCCUGAAGGCAAUGACCUUACAUUGUCCUGUGCCAAUUAUGUUCCUAAAGUGACUCAAUUGUUUUAUUGGUUCAAAGAUGACCAGUUCUUGAAACUUACUAAUUCAAGUAAUCUGACAUUAAGAAAUGUGUUGCAAAACUACACUGGAAUGUACCACUGUACUGUGAAAACACCAUGUCUAAAUCUGACUUCAAAUAAACUUCAUAUUACUGUUAAAAGUGAUGGUUUUAUACUACUUCUUCUGUGUGGCUUGGCUGCUGGGAUAUUUGUCUUUGGCUUGGCUGUCAUGAUGAGAUGCAUACUUAAAAAAUCAAGAGCCCAAAACACAAAAAGAAAUGAGAUGCAUAUCUACGCCAACGCUACUUAAAUUUCUAUAAUUUUGUAACAUUCUAUACAGUGUAUGACCUAUAAUGGCCUUUUGCAAAAUUCUGGGUGCAGCUCAAUCUUUAGAUCUACUGUGGAGGAAAUGGUCAGUAAUGUUUGUGGGGGGCCUCUUUAAAAAAUGGGCAGUCUACUAUUGUUAUAAAAGGCAAUGUUUUUUUUUUUCAUUUACUGGGUAAAGGCAAAAAAAGUGUUUCAAAAACACUAUUUCUAUUGUAAAAGAAUUGCCUGUACAGUUGUUGAACCAAAGUCAUUACUCAUGCUACUGUAUAUGGUAUACAAGGCUAUUCAAUACAGGAAAGGAAGACUUUACAAACAGCUUCCAUUAAAAUGUUACCUGAUUUUACGUUUAGAAGUUAAAUGCUACGUUUUAUCACAUAUUUGAAUUUGCUUGAUAUGGGGCCUGGUUAUAAUCUUAUCUUCAAGAUACACACAUAUUAUACAGAAAAUGGAAAACCAGAAGACUGCUUGGAAAUUCAAACACGAACUCUGGAAAUGUAAUGAAAUCAUGUGAAAUCUAGUGUUGCUUAUUGAUUUCAUUAUUUUUGUUUUGUUGACAAAUUAAAAUGAUAUAUUUUGUUUCCCCUCUAUUUUUGUACUUAAGACUCCUUAUUUAGAAAUUUGUUUUUGCAAAAUAGAAUGAUGACAGCAUCUGUUUCCUGCUAAUUCUAAAAGUGUACCAAACUGGAUGCAACUUUAAAACUGAGAACAGGAAGCACUUAUGUAUGCAAAGAGUUAUGGGUGUGUGGAACAAUCUAACCAGUAAUGUUACACAAGCCAUAAUUUCACAUCUCAUUUGUAAGCGUUUUUAUGUUCCUACCCCUAAAUUAUACUUCAGUAGAAAAUAUGCACUAAUUAAUACUGUUUACCUAAGACAGCUUGUAUCUGGAUGAUUACAUUUUGUUGUAUAUAGAAGACAUUGUAUACUUAUACUGUAUACUAUAAUAAUUAUAUAACAUGUAGAACGUGUAUCUCUGUUUUUUAUUUUGAAAUUAAAAAUAUUAUUUGAUAAGGAGUCAAGGGGUAAGUGAAACAUGGGUGGUUAUUAUAUAUGGACUGAAUAUAGUUUGAACUGAAUUAAAUUUACAUACUGUAUAGAAUGUACAGUAUUUUUAAUAUAGUACACGUUUAUUUUAAACUCACACAUAAAUGUACUUGUAACACUUUGAAGUUUUGAGCAAAUUUGGACAGGUAGUGGUCAUUGUUCAUGAGUUAAAUUGUACAGUAUGUUUUAAUAUUGGCUUUGGUCUUCAUGCAUUUUAAAAUGAGGUUCCUAACCCAAGAGAAGACUGUUACGAUCCCUGCUUCAGAAGAAGACGUAGAUCACGCUGAAUUAGGCAACCUAUCUGAUCACUUAUUCACCACCACACCUCCAUCACAUUAUAUACUUAAGCAGUCUUCCCUAACCUCCUCGCUCAGUAUUGGUUUUCUGUGUGAGCUUCAUUACUGCUUUACGCUUUUUUCUCGUUUACACCUUUUCGGCUUUGGAACUGCUUUUUGUCUGUUGGACCUAUGGCUUUUGGUUUAUGGCUUGGCUCUGGAAAGUAUUUUCCUUGUUUUUGGACUCCUGGCUUUCUCCUUUGAGCUACGGCUUCUGGAUAAUGACUCGGGUUUGGCAAGUACCCCUCCCGGUUUUGGAUUUCUGGCUUUAUCCUCUUAACUACGGCUCUUGAGUUACGGCUUUGAAUUGGCAAUCACACUCGGUCGAUUUAGGAUUAUUGGCUUCCCCUUUUGAAUUGCAGAAAAGAUCUUUUACAGGAUUAUUUUCCAGCUCUCGCAUUAGGGUUUAUUUCUUAGUUUCGUAACAAAGACAAAGUAAUAUAUAGCAAUAUU